AUGAUUGCGAUUACAGGUGCCACGCACGACCCAGCACAGGUAUUCUCACAAGUCCUGGAUGUCAGCAAGAGCAAGCAAGUUGACAACUGGACCGAGAAGACUGUAUCACACUUUGGCACUCUGGAUGGUGCAGUGAAUGCCGCUGGAGUUAUCGGAGGAAAGGCCUUCUAG